CGGCAUGCCCCCACACAUUGGAUAAAGUCCGUUACUAUGGUGAUCAUCAGUUUGUAAGAGCCUGUUCUCCCUCUUGGCACUAUGUGAAUAUUCAUCAUUAAAGUUUAGAUAAGAAGAUAAACUCACAAAGGACGAAUUCUGGAGAGGGGGACAAACUUUUGGAUUCCCCCCACACACACACUUUUGGACCCUUGUCUUAAAAAUAUCUCACCCGCUAAUUUUACUUUAUCCGACCGCUCAGUUUUUUAGGCAAGUAUGUUUUCCAUCAAGUUCUACCUUCCUGUUCUUUUAUAUUCUUCUGCGCUGCUGCUGCUCUGUCCGCCCCGGCUCUCCGCACAGAAAUCGAACGGUCAACGGUGGCUUAUCGGAGACAGGGAGAGUCACUGUGGAAUCCUCUGCUCAAAUACGCAUGGCAAACCCGUGUGUGGCUCAGAUGGGCGGAGUUAUGAUACCAGCUGUGACCUGCAGAGAGCAAAAUGCAGGGACCGUACCCUGACAUUAGCCUAUAGGGGGCGAUGCAGAGGUAAAAACUGGGUGAGGAUCGAUCAGCCUCCUCCUCUACUCCCAGCCCCUACACUGACCUCUGAAGGGAAAGAGCUGGAGUUGAAGGAAGCAGGACAGUCAAAAUGCCGGGUGGAGAGAAGCCAGGCUCUGGAGCAGUCCAAGAGGCCACAGGAGUCCAUCUUUAUCCCAGAAUGCAAUGAGGACGGAACAUUCGCUCAGGUUCAGUGUCAUACUCUGACUGGCUACUGCUGGUGUGUCACAACGGACGGCAAACCAGUGAGCGGCUCUUCGGUGCACAACAGAACGCCAGUGUGUUCAGUGCACCUGUUGUCCUGCAUAAGAUCCAAUAUUUUCAUUACUGUUUCUUGCAAAGGAAACUUCCGUGAAUUUAUGGGAACUCAUGCUGGCACAAGUGGAUUGUCAGGUUCAGUCACUGAUAAGCCACCAGGACCCCCUAGCUCUGGACGAAAAGUCUCCUUCCGUUUCUUUCUUACCCUCAACCCAGAUGAUGGUUCAAAGCCCACCCCUACCAUGGAGACCCACGUCGUCCCAGAGGGUGACGAGAUCACUGCCCCCACACUAUGGAUAAAACAGUUGGUUUACAAAGAAAAUAAACAGAACAGUUCCAACAGUAGGAGACCAGAGAAAGUUCCCUCUUGUGACCAAGAGAGACAGAGCGCUCUGGAUGAAGCACGGCAGAAUCCUCGAGAGGCCAUUUUCAUCCCUGACUGUGGCCCACUUGGCCUCUACAAACCAGUCCAGUGCCACCAGUCCACAGGUUACUGCUGGUGUGUACUGGUUGACACUGGAAGACCCAUUCCUGGUACAUCCACCAGAUACCAGACACCUGAAUGUGACAGUGAUGCACGCUCCCGUGCGAUGGAGAUGGAAGAUCCAUUUAGAGACAGAGAUCUUUCAGGUUGUCCAGAGGGGAAGAAGGUAGAAUUCAUAACCAGCUUGUUGGAUGCCCUUACGACAGACAUGGUGCAGGCUAUAAAUUCACCAGCCCCCUCUGGUGGUGGGAGGUUUGUGGAACCUGAUCCCAGCCACACACUGGAGGAGAGGGUGGUGCAUUGGUACUUUGCCCAGUUGGACAACAAUGGCAGUCAUGACAUCAACAAGAAGGAAAUGAAGCCGUUUAAACGCUACGUUAAGAAAAAAGCCAAGCCCAAGAGGUGCGCCCGCAAGUUUACAGACUACUGUGACCUCAACAAGGACAAAACCAUCUCUCUACAAGAGCUGAAAGGAUGUCUGGGCGUCAACAAAGAAGGAGGUAGCAGCAGCAGCAGCCAAGGGACAAGGCAAGGGACAAAUUUGUUCAUAGGUCGUCUGGUGUGAAGAGAGAGGCAUCCAAAAGAUGAGGAGAGAGCGGAGGACGCUAAGGGAAGGCACCUGGACUGGACACUCUCUAGAUCAAAAGAGAGAGAAGGAGCGAGAAAAAG